CACGGGGGCCUUUCGGGGAAGGCGGCCGCGGAGCCCCGCGGAGCUGGGGACUGUCCAGGUGAGCGCGGAGCGGAAGAGAAAGCGCCGAGGGCGUCCACAAAGCACCCGGGGCCGCCCUCCCGCUCAGGCUCCGCAGCCCUGGCGGCCGGGGCAGGGCAGAGGCGGCGGCAGCGGGACGCGGGGCGUAGGAGGCCUGCGGCUGGGGCGAAGGCCAGGCGGCCGGCGGGAGACGCCCGGCGCUGGGAGGCCCGCAGCCCGCGCCGCCGCCCGGGGCCGCGUGCGCGCGCGGCCGCAUCAGCUGAGCGCGCGGCGCGUAUCACGUGGUGCGCGUGUCGAAGGUCACAGCGCGCUCACAAUGGAGCUCUCGGAGUCUGUGCAGAAGGGCUUCCAGAGGCUGGCCGAUCCCGGCUCCUUUGACUCCAACGCCUUCACGCUUCUCCUCCGGGCGGCUUUCCAGAGCCUGCUGGACGCCCAGGCGGACGAGGCCGUGUUAGAUCACCCAGACUUGAAACAUAUCGACCCAGUGGUUUUAAAACAUUGUCAUACAGCAGCUGCAACUUACAUACUGGAAGCAGGAAAGCAAAGAGCUGACAAAUCAACUCUAAGCACUUAUCUAGAAGACUGUAAAUUUGAUAGAGAGCGAAUAGAACUGUUUUGCACAGAAUAUCAGAAUAAUAAGGAUUCCCUAGAAAUCCUACUGGGAAGUAUAGGCAGAUCUCUCCCUCAUAUAACUGAUGUUUCUUGGCGUUUGGAAUAUCAGAUAAAGACCAAUCAACUUCAUAAGAUGUACAGACCUGCAUAUUUGGUGACCUUAAAUGUAGAGAACACUGAUUCCCAAGCCCACCCAGAGAUUAGCUUUAGUUGCAACAUGGAACAAUUACAGCAUUAUAUACGUCUUUUAGGACUUAGUGGGGAAACUUAAAGAUGCUUCGAAAAGCCUGGAAAGAGCAACCCAGUUUUAACUGGGGGAAGUUAGCGGCCGCCCGCUCCUGGAAGACCAGCACUCCUUGAUGCCCCGUCGGCCGAACCGUCGUUUGUGUCCUCUAUUUUUAAUAGAAAAAAAAUUCUUGUUGGAUUUAUGCCACUCAUCAGUUUUGACACUUUUUUACACUUAUGAAAAAGUUUAGAGGGAAAGGCUGCCUACGUGUUUGAAUCGUUAGUAUUAACUGUACAUUGAUCCAUUUUGAUCAUUUCUCAAGUCUUAAAAAAGGAAGUAGACAGUAUUUACCUUCUGAAUAAAUUCGUUCUCUCCAGAA